UAAAAAACACUCAUCUGAAUCAUUUAAAAUUUGAAUACUAAGCAUAUAAUUUUAGCUAAAGUUUAUAUCAAAUAUGAAGAUUUUAUUAAUUAUUUUAUUAAUAGUUUUAUUUACUAAAGCAAAUUCAAGCAUAUUUUACAAUCUAGAAAAUGAUGACUACAAGGAUAUACUAAAGUCACGUAAUUUUACCGACAAAGUAGUUUUGGUGACCGGUUCGAGCACCGGUAUUGGUGAAGGUAUUGUCAAAUUGUUUGCAGUUUUGGGCGCAAAAGUGGUUAUCACGGGUAGAAAAGAGGCUGAAAUUCGGAAAGUGGCUCAAGAGGUCCAACAAUUAUCGCCGUAUAAACUAAAACCAUUGGAAGUGGUGGCAGAUCUUACCAAAAGUGAUGAAUUACUGAAACUAAUCAACAAAACAGUUGACACUUUUGGUCGAUUGGAUGUGUUGGUCAACAAUGCCGGCAUAUAUCCUAACACUUCAAUUAGUGAUCCCAAGUUUAUGCAAACCUUUGAUCAGGUAUUUAAUAUUGAUUUCAGAGCUGUUGUGCAGACCAUACACAUGGCUGUCCCCUAUCUGGAGAAGACAAACGGCACAAUUAUCAGUAUAUCCAGUAUUGCUGGUAUACAUCCGUCAUUUCCAAUGCUGGCCUAUUCAUCAGCUAAAGCAGCGAUGGAUAUGAUGACACAAGUGUUGGCACUUGAAUUGGGACCUAAAGGCAUACGAGUCAAUACAAUUAAUCCUGGCGUAACACUUGUGCCCAACAUAGACAUAACAGAUCCAUAUGUUAAGAUAUUGCUGGCAAAAGUCGUAAAGAUAACACCAUUGAGACGUAUAGGUGUUCCCAUUGAUAUUGCUAAAGGAGUGGUGUUUUUGGCCUCCAGUGACGCCUCAUUCAUAACGGGUGCCAAUCUAGUCAUUGAUGGUGGAGUUGUUUAUAACACACCGGGAGAUUUGUCACUUAUGUAUCAAUAAUUUUCA